GUGCCUACAUCUAUAGGAUGCGUAAUGCGGAUGUCAGUGCAAAGCAUUAAUGCUUUUAUAUAUUAAAAAGCAUUAAUGCUUUGUACUUACUGUUUGUACUUAGAUCCAUUUGUAGCUAAAAAAGAUAAUCUGAAAGAAAAAGAACCUGUAAACGCAAAUAUUCUUCAAAAAAAUGAUGACUAGCAAAUUAUAUUGUAUUGUUCACUUUCUGGACACUGAUGAAGUGGAAAUUGCUCCUAAAACCUGGAUUAAAUGUACUGAUGUUGAUGAACAUCUUGAAUGUUAUUGGCCACUAUUUAAAUCUCAGCAAAAAAUUUUAAAAGCUGUUUAGACAUGCGUUGAUGUUGAAACUGAUAAAUGGAAGAGUUACAAAGCAAGAAUUUUGAAAAAUUAUGAUUCAUAUGAAAGUGCAGUAAAAGAUAUUACAAAAGCAAAAGAAAAAUCUGAUUUGGUGACUGAUGUUUUAGACGUAGACGAUGGAACAAUGCAAUGUAAACAAAAACGAGCAAGGAAUUCAUACUUGCCUUUAUCAGACACUGAUAUAUGCAGUAGUCCAGAAAUAAAUUUUUGUUUGCAAAAAGGCAACUCGCAACUAGCUAAACCGAAAAAAAAUCUGAGCAAAAGUCUGGCACAAAAAAGCCAUAAAAAGUUAAGUAUAGAGUACGAAGAUCUUCCUGAGCCACCUGUUUUUUCAAAUUCUCACUUAAAUUUUAACACUCCAGAACAUGUGACAAGCAGAUCAAGUAGCCUGCCUAGCAUUCUGUCAUCAUUUUCUAAACCUCAUGGAAAGCCACUUUUAAAAGAAUUUCCAUUAUGCUCUUCAGAUGGAUGGCUGUAUUCAGUUGCAACACCUGUAGAACAGAAACUAAUUCUUCUUCUUGAAGAAAUUAAAGCGCAAGGAGACGAGCUUAAGGAACAAGGAGAAAAAGCUAUAAACCUGUUACAGCACCUUCCAAAAACAAAUGACGGAGAGAGUUUAAUAAGAGGAUUACCUUUCCAAUUACCAGCAACAACUGUUGAAGAGUUAAACCUUAUUAACGAUCAAGCUAAAGAAAGCGACAUUAAAGGAAGACUGACAAGAUUUCUUGGAUUGGUUGGCGGGCUCAAUGUAAAGUCAACUACCAGAGCAGUGCUAAGUCGUUUACUGAUCACAGAUGUAGCAAAGUCAUGUAAUUGGAAGGGAAAAGGAAAUAAGAUUGCAUUUAGCAAAAUGUACCUUGUUGGAAUUGUUUGUGAUGCAGUAAGAAGAAAUCCAGCAACAAGUCAAGCAACAGAUAACGAGAUUGGAGUUGUUUGUCGGGACUGGUUUAAACAUGCAAGUGAUCGAGAUGGAGGAAGACAACGUCGUGCCAAUCGUUUAUGUCUACAUUAACUAUUAUAUAAAGCCUUUAUAAUAUAUAUAAAUAAAUCUUUUUUAUUUUUUA